AUGGGGGUUAUAUCCAGACGGGUUUUACCCGCCUGUGGUAACCUCUGUUUCUUCUGUCCUUCCUUGCGUCCCAGGUCUAGGCAUCCCCUUAAACGUUACAAGCACAUGCUCGCUGAAAUUUUCCCUCGCAACCAGGAUGCUGAACCAGACGAUAGAAAAAUUGGCAAGCUUUGUGAGUAUGCGUCAAGGAAUCCUUUAAGAAUCCCAAAGAUUACAGAGUACCUUGAGCAAAAAUGUUACAAAGAACUGCGGAAUGGAAAUAUUGGAUCAGUAAAAGUCGUCUUGUGCAUUUACAAGAAAAUGCUUUCCUCAUGUAAGGAGCAGAUGCCUCUAUUUUCGUGUAGUUUGCUAAGCAUUGUCCGAACUCUUUUGGAACAAACAAAAGAUGAAGAAGUUCAGAUAUUGGGUUGCAAUACCCUUGUUGACUUUAUUAGCUUACAGACUGAGAACUCGCAUAUGUUCAACUUAGAAGGCCUAAUCGCUAGACUUUGUCAACUUGCUCAAGAGAUGGGUGAUGAUGAAAGAUCACUCCGUUUACGGCCAGCUGGAAUGCAGGCUUUGGCAUUCAUGGUAUCUUUCAUUGGUGAGCAUUCACAACUAUCAAUGGACUUGGAUAUGAUUAUGUGUGUGAUUCUGGAGAAUUAUAUGGAGUUGGAGAAGGUCCAAGAAGAUACCAACGAGACUGGUCAAAAGUCAGAAAUGAAGAUUCCCAGCAUGAGUAAAUGGGUUUCUUUCAAACGUAAUCCUGUCACUGAGGAAAACAUGGAUAUUUCGAAGAGCCCCUCAUACUGGUCUAUGGCUUGCCUUUGCAAUAUAGCCAAAUUAGCAAAGGAAACUACAACUGUUCGCCGUGUUCUGGAACCUCUUUUGAAUGCUUUUGACUGUGGAAGUUACUGGUCUCCAGAGAAGGGCGUUGCCUCUUCUGUUUUAUUGUUUCUACAGUCUCGUCUGGAAGAAUCAGCAGGAGAAAAUUGUCAUGUGUUGGUAUCUUCUUUGAUCAAGCACUUGGAUCAUAAGAAUGUAAUGAAGCAACAGGGUACUCAAGUUAACAUGGUUAAUGUAGCCACAUGCCUUGUGCUACAUGCUAAGCAGCAGGCCUCAGGAGCGUUGACUGCUGUAAUAGCUGACUUGAUUAAACACUUGCGGAAAUGCCUGCAAAAUGCAGCUGAAUCUGAUCUCUCUGCUGAUGAAACGAAGCAGAACUCUGAGAUGCAGAGUGCAUUAGAAAAUUGCAUCACAGAGCUCUCAAAUAAGGUUGGGGAUGCAGGGCCUAUUCUUGAUAUGUUGGCAGUGGUUCUCGAGACGAUAUCAACUAAUGUACUCGUUGCUAGGACCACAGCUUCAGCCACUCUCCGUGCUGCGCAAAUUGUAUCAUUGGUCCCAAAUGUAUCUUACCACAAGAAAGUUUUUCCGGAUGCCUUGUUUCACCAACUGCUCCUUGCCAUGUCCCACACAGAUUGUGAAACUAGAGUUGAGGCACAUAAUAUAUUCUCCGUCCUGCUUCUGCGUACUCUUCGUUUGCCUUGGUCAGACCAAUACAAUGAGACCUCAGAUAGUUGUCUGUCCUUGGAUAGCUUAAAGGAUGUCGAUGAUGGUAUAAAGUCGUUAUGUUCACUUCGACUGAGUAGUCACCAAGUGAAUAUGCUCCUUUCAUCCCUAUGGAUCCAAGCAACUUCUACCGAGAACACCCCUGCAAAUUUUGUGGCCAUGGCCUGCACUUACAAUAUCACUCUUUUGUUUUCAGUGGCAAAGAGAUCAAAUCCUAUGACUCUGGUGCGGUGUUUUCAACUGGCAUUCUCUAUUCGAAAUCUCUCAUUGAAUCAAGAUGGAGGUAUGCAGCUCUCUCGUAGAAGGUCCAUCUUCACCUUUGCAUCAUAUUUGCUCAUUUUUAGUGCCAAAAUCUCCAAUAUACCGGAGCUAAUCCCACUUAUCAAAGAAGCUUUAACUGCACAAAUGGUUGAUGCUUCUCUUGUGCUGGAAGAAGAUAUCAGAUUGCGUGCUGCAUGUUCUGGAUUUCCACAGGAAGAUGAUAGUUCUGCUCUCAACUCGUCAGCGGUUGUCGCAAAUGAUAGUUUCCUGAAGGAAGUCGUUAUCACUCAUUUCACAUCGAAAUUUCAGACAUUAUCCGAGGAGGAGAAAUCGAAUUUGAGAAAGGAAAUUGAGUCAGAUUUUACACGAGAUGAUGAUGCACACCCGCUUGGUGCAACAAUGUUCAUGGACACACCAGGAUCUAAUUCUCCUCUUAAUCAAACAGAAGUUCCAGCUUUUGAAGAGGUUGAGCUUUCAGCAAUAGUGGCAUUUGAAAAAACUUCUCCGGGGGCUAGUGGGAGUGAGCCUGGCCACAAUAAAUCCUUGUCCACAAACUCUAACCCAGAAAAUGUUCUGAGUGUCAACGAGUUGCUAGAAUCGGUAUCAGAAACUGCUCGGCAAGUUGAAAGUCUCCAUGUCUCCUCCAUCCCUGUACCUUAUGACCAAAUGAUGAAUCAGUGUGAAGCUCUUGAGACGGGUAAGCAGCAAAAGAUGUCUGUGCUUCAAAGUUUCAAACCUGACGCAGCCAAAGCUAUAACUCUCUCAGAAGAAGAUAAACUCUUUCUUCUCGACGAGACAGAUGAAGAUGAUGAAGAUGAUCUAAAGGCAGUGACUGUUGUACAAGUCCAACCUCAAAGCCAGCUCCCAUUCUGCUCACUUGAAGUGGAACAAAACUCGUUUCGGUUACCUUCUUCAAGCCCCUACGAUGAGUUCUUGAAAGCAGCCGGAUGUUAA